AUGGGGCUGCCCUUUACAGAAGAGCAGCAGCAGCACCAGCUGCUGCAGCAGCCAUUCCAGCAGCACCAACCGCAAGCACUGCAGCAGCAGCCGCAGCAGCAAAUAGCACAGCAGCAACUGCAGCAGCAGCCGCAGAUGCCAGUGCAGCGCCAGCUCAUGAUGCACUACCCGGUGCAGCAGCAACAGCAGCAGCAAGAUUUGCUGCUUUUGCCUCACGUGCAGCAGCAGCAAUUUCCCUUGCCCCAGCAGCAGCAGCAGCCAUGCUUCAUACCGCCGCAGCAGCCACCUCAGGAUCCGCGGCUUCGAAUGCCACCAGGGCAGCAGCAGCAGCCGCAGCAGCAGCCUGGUGUGCUGCAGCAGCAACAGCCAGUCCUGCUGCAGCGGCGAGGCAGUGUGAUUCCGCCGCCGCUGCAGCAGCAGCAGCCGCUGCUGGAACAGCCGCUGCAGCAGCCCUACAUGAUGACUGGGGGCCCUUUGCCGCCUGUUGGCCAGCAGCAGCAGCAGCAGCAGCAGCAGGUGCUGCUGCUUCCAGGACAGCAGCAAGGCUCUGCUGCAGCAGCUGCAGCAACUCCUGCAACAGAUCGCAAGCUGAGCUCAGGCCUGCGUCGGUCGGGAGCAGCAACAGCACGCAGCAGCGUGGAGUAUGGAAACGGUGCCGCUGCUGUUCCCGCUGCUGCUGCUGCUCCCGGCAGCAGCAGCAGCAGCUGCAUCAGCGAACAGCGUAAAAGAGCCCGCAGCUUCAGGGCCUGCAAAGGCCGAGCUACGAAGACACAGCAGCAACAGCAGCAGCAGCAGCAGCAACCGGCAGAAGAGGCAGCAGCAGCAGGAGGGGCGUGUGAGGUGGAAGGAAGAGAGAGAGAAGGAGUCGCUGCUUCUGCAGCAGCUGCUGCUGCUGCUGUUGCUGCUGCAGGGAACGCAGCAGCAGCAAAAGCUGGCGCACUUGAAGCAGCAGAAGUCUCACUCGGGUGCCACUUUGUGGACCUGGCCACCCCCAUUGCAGCAGCAGCAGCAGCAAAGGCUACAGCAUCGGCAGGAGCUGCAGCAGCAGCUGCUGCUCGUGCCGCUGCAGCUGGCGUCUAA